AUGCAUCACCCUUCUACGCCUGGUUGCUCAUCAAAUCCCAACGUUUUCUCCGACGAAUAUUCGUUAGAACCUCUAGAUUCGGAACAGUCCACUCUUACUCCUCGAAGCCAGUCUAUUUCAUCCGUUGCCUCCUCACACACCCUUCGCUCCUCCCUACCUCUCCACCCCGAGCCUUAUAGCACGACAAUCAACGAUACCAACGAUGAAUUGCUCGAGAACCCCUUUGGAGACGAGGCUCGCGUCUCCUUCGACGAAGAGGCCCUCCAUCGAUCCAGUCUGCCCCAAAAAGGAUUCGAUUUAGCGUAUCGCAACUCCGUCACGUCCAAUACCACCUCUGCUUCUAUGACGCACCGCAGCCAAAGCUCGUCGUCCCGCUUCUCGAUCCCACCUCGUGCCCUCAGUCCUUACACCGGUGCCACAGGACCUAGUCACCCAUACGCGAUGUACCCGCAGGUCGGCGUUAGUCGCUCCCCCAGUGUGACGACCACCUCAACCCUCCGUCCUGUUGAUCAGCCAUUGGGUGACUCGACUGCUCCACAGCACCCAUAUGCCAUGUAUUCACAGAAUGUUGUUGUGGAGGAGGGAAUGGACAACGCAGCGAUACCUUUGGGCUUUCCUGGUCACAACCAAGAGGCCUAUCAUCGCGCCCUUGGUCGAGCUGACGACGAUGUGGCAGAUUUAGUAGGACCUGACGGCCAUAUGGAGCAACUUCCACCUUAUUCCCGAUACCCCGACGGCGCUUCCCCGAAGUUGGAAGAUUCUCUCGAUAUCCUUCCAGAUGCCGCAAUUAUUCUAGAUCACCCCCCCGACGACCAUAAUCAAGACCUCGCAAUGUCCGAGGUAUCCUCUCGGACACUAGUCGCUGAUAAUCAAUCUCAGGGACGGGACAGCAGAGGAGGAGGUGUAGCCCCAGUCACUGGUGUUAUGGCAUUUGAAGAAAAGCUAAAGCGCAGGGGCAAAAAGAAAGUGUGUUGUGGGCUACCAAUCUGGACGAUAGUAUUAAUUUCUGCCGUUAUGGUCGUCGGUGGAAGCAUCGGGGGUGCCAUAGGUGGGAUUUUGGGGGCAAGGAGGGCAGCACAAGAGACGAAUUCCAAUGAUGAUGGCCCAAAGAUUGUCACGGUAACAGCCAAUCCACGGACAGACGCAACCCCCAUUUCUACCACUCCGUAUAACGUGCUGCCGCUUCCGACCGGCCAAUGGUUGAUCCCAACAGAGCCCAGGAAUCAGUCUAAGUUCUGUAUAGUUGACCCAGACUACACGCCAUCAUGGGCUUGUGCUACCCAGAAGUCAAUUCCUAUUAAUGUCGCAGGUACUGAUAAUGCGAGAGUGAUCGAUUUUGAAAGUGACCCCCUCAGGAAAACACUGACAUAUGGUGCCCAACUACCCUUCUUCUCGAACCCUUCACAACCGCUCAAACUGGUGCUAGACUCAAGCGAUUUGAGCCUUGGCCCAGCUCUCUCCUUCUUCACAUUCUUCGACAAAUUGGUCAUUGUCCCAGAAGAUACUUUCCCAUCAACGUCCGUCUCAAAACGGGCUGUAUCGGAAGAAGAUAUAUUUAUCAGCGUGCACCACCGCAAGCGGUCGACAUACGUGGGUGAUCGGCCGUGGUUUUGCUGGUGGAAUAGCACUGCGAUGGAAUUUUUUCUGUACCUGAAUGAGACAACCAAAGAAGCACGAUACAGCUCCUUCUCAAAUCUUGUCGAUGCGAGUACCACUACCUCUACCGAUAGCUCUACUGCGACCGAUAGUAGCCAAUCAACGAGCACGAAGCGGGAUACAUCACUGUCGAAUUAUCCUCGCAGGAUCAAGAUUGAGGAAAAGCGCGAUUACGCCGAGGCUCAAUCCCCAUACUGCCAGCAGAUGCAAGUAAUGGAUGACGGUUCAAUCGAAAUAGUAUCGCAUGAGACGAUUGGGAUCAGCGUUAACGAGCCAACGCCAACGACCACACUCAAGGGUGUUGGGAGUGCGACCCAGACUUAUACGGCCAAAGCACAAUAUCAAAGCAUUUGUUACUGUGUUUCCUUGACGGACUAG